AUGGAAAUGGUUGAGGCUUUUAGACGACGACAACAACAACAACAACAACAACAGCGACAACAACCACCUCUACCACCAAUGCAUGUGCCAUCCCUAGUAGUACAAGACCACCAACGUAAAGGUCAAACAAUUUCACUCACAAAAGAGUUUAAAAAGAUGAAACCGUCGUUGUUUAAAGGAGGGAUUGACCCACUAAAAGCAGAAGUAUGGGUGUUAGGCAUUGAGAAAAUGUUUGAUGUCUCUCUGUGUACUGAGGCACAGAAAGUUCUACUUGCUGCUCUUACAUUGGAAGAUGAAGCACGCCGAUGGUGGAUGCUGAUAAGAUAUGAACAUCAGGGAAUGAAUUGGGCUGAAAUUUUGGAAGUCUUUUGUGAAAAGUAUUUCCCACCGUGUAUUCAAGAUAGGAAUGUGAUAGAGUUUGAAAACUUGAAGCAAGGAAACAAAAUCGUAGAAGAAUAUAAGGCACAGUUUACCAAGUUAGCCCGUUUCGCACUGCACAUGGUCAACACGGACUACAAGAAGGCGAGGAAAUUUGAGGGAGAACUCUGA